GAAUAAUAAAGAUAAUUAGAUCAUUUUAAUUCUGAUCAGUGAUCACUUCAGAUUCGUUUUCUCAAUUAUAACAAAAAUGACACAUCGUCAAUACGAUUCAACUGGAGUCGCUUCAAUUUAUAUUGAAGUUAGACCAAGUCCACCAAAAGAUUUGAUUAAAUCAAUAAUCAAUCAAUUAUCACAAUCAGUAAAUCCAAAUCCAAAUGGUAAAUGGUCAAGAGCUGUUGAUGUUGGCUGUGGUUCUGGUCAAGCAACCUUCCUAUUAGCUGAUUAUUUUGACCAAGUGAUUGGAUAUGAUAUCAGUGAACCUCAACUUCAAAUUGCUAAUCAAAGAAAUCAAUUUAACAAUGUAACAUUUAAGAUAAGUUCUGGUGAAGGUAUUCCCCUGGAAGAUAAUUCAGUUCAGCUGAUUACUGUUUGUGAGGCUCUUCAUUUCUUUGAUAUUGAAAAGUUCAAUAGAAAAGUUGAUUCUCUCCUUAAUUCUGGUGGUUUAUUCGUGACAAUUGGUUACUAUCCAGUACCCAAAUUAACCCAAAUCGAUAAACCAGAUUUAAAUCUUGAUCAUAUUGGACAAUCAAUUGAUAAUCUAAUGCAAACAUGGCAAGAACAUGGUUUCCCUGUGAAAGUAUUUGCAGAUAUGAUUAAUACCAAAUAUCGGUGUAUUAAUUUACCAUUUGAAAAGGUUUGUCAUGAGGAAACUUUUAAAACAACCUCGAGGCGAUCAGCUGAUUAUAUAAUUGAUCUAAUCAACUCACUUGGAACCAGUGAAAAAUUCCGAGAAAAAUUUCCAGAAAAAGAGUCAUCCAUCAUGAAUCAGAUUCUCAAUCAACUUCAUGAUACAUUUGGAACGAAAGAUUUGUCUUCAAUUCAACUUGAUGUUACUUUUGAAUAUUUUAUCAUUUGUUUUAGAAAAUGAUAAUUUCCUAUUAAUUAUAUUGCCAGAAAACUUUGAUUAUAAACAAUCAAUGUAACGAUUAUAUCAUAUUGGUGAAAACAAUGAACAAUCAGCAGAACAAUAAUUAUCUUAAUCAUGAGUAUGAUGAUGAUUAAUACGCUGAACUUAUCAGCUAAUUGAAAAACUAGUUAACGAUCAAUGAAAACAAGAAAUAAAAAAAUUCCCUUUUAA